UUAAUCCCACAUCCAGAGAGGGUCAGAAAGAGAGAAACCUCGGAACGCGGCGGGGUCAUUAAAGAGAGACAGAACCACCGAUGAUCUCCGAUGGCCACGUCCCAACACGGCUUAGUGAUUCUUAGGCAGUGAGACGUCCUGCAGCAGUUUCUCCUCACUGUCGCUGUAAUUCUGUCUCAUCUGAUCUCAUCUGGCAGCUGCCCGGCUGUCGUCAGGGAUACCUCCCCCCACAAGGACGCACUCCCCACAGGCGGGGGGCGGGGCCUGCAGGAGAGAGGAGACCCUCACCUGGAGGAUCUGCAUGGAGACGGGAUGAAGGCGGAAGGAGAGAAGCGGGGAGGUUACCUGCGGAGGUGAAUGUGAAGACAAAAGGCAGAGAAGGAAAGAAGAAGGAAGAGUUGGAUGAAGUUUUUGAGAUCAACUUUGCAGUCCCAGCAUGGGCUACGAUCUGGAGAGGUUCGUGGGCUAUGUCAACGAGGGUCUGCUCUGCUGUGUGUGUCGAGACGUGCUAGAGCGCCCCCUGCAGGCGCCCUGUGAGCAUGCCUACUGCAGCGCCUGCAUCAGCAGCUGGCUGCUCCAUCACCACUCCUGUCCUGAAGACAGGCUGCCCCUGGAUGUCAGCAGUCUUAGACCGCUGUACAGGUACAUGCGAAAUGACCUGAACCGCCUGCAGAUCCGCUGUGUGAACGCAGGGCAGGGAUGCGAGGUGGUCUGCUCCCUGGAGAGCCUCCACGCACACGAAGACGAGUGCGAGUUUGCCUUCAUAGCCUGCUCCAACGCAGCAGGUGGAGAGUACAUUUGCUACAGCUGUGGCUGUCCCGUGCAGGUGGAGCGGCGGCGUUUGGAGGCCCACCUGUCCGAGUGCAGCUUCCGCAGCAGAGAGUGUCCCAGCGGCUGCGGUCACACUCUUCACGCCGCCGAUCAGUCGGCGCACAACUGCGUGGCAGAGCUGCGCCUGGAGGUGGAGAUGAUGAGGGCAGAGAUGCUGUGCAAGGUGGAGGAGGUGAGGCGGGAGAUGGAGUCUCGGCUGGACUCCCAGAGGAGACACAUGGUGCAGAAAGAGUCGCAGCUGAAGAACGAGGUGGAGGAGCUUAAGGAUCAGUUGUCCCGUGUGAUGUGCGACAUGCGCGCCCUGCUAGGAGCGGAGCGUCUGAGGAGGCAGGAGCUGGCAGAGGCAGAGGUGGAGAAGAGAGAGCUGCUGGAGCUCCUCAGAGACACUCAGCCCACCAGGAGACGGCCUCCGGCGGAGCAGGCCGGCAGGGAUCCGCCUGCGGGAGACCGGCAGGCGUCCGGCUGGGACGCUCCCACGGAUCCACCUGGACGGGAGCGGAGGGAGGCGCCGCUGCACGCCUCCUGCCUGUCCCUGCACUCGGCUCAGGCGCCCUGUGCUGCAGGCCCACCCGCGUCGCCUCAGCCCGGGGAGGGGCUCCGCAAGGGCAGCCCCCGGAGUCUGACUCUGGACUGCAUCAGGAAGAAGAGCCGCGAGGUGACCGUCAUCUGAACACACCGGAACUGAAGAUUGUCUCUUUCUUUUUUUCUGCAAGUUCCAACAAUUUAGAAAUCAAAAUACACCGUUUGUUCAAUCUACUAGUUUUGUGAAAUUAUUAAAAAAUAAAACUAGUCACUUCUCAGCUGACCCAUCAGUUCCUUUGUCUUUGGUUGCUUUGCAUCAAUCUCAGCAGGGACUGAUCCGUAGAGACAUCCACAACGAACAGUUUCAAUAACUUAUCCCAACGAUUUAAAUCUGUUUAACAACUCAAAAUGUAAAAACUGGGUUAAAAAUUAUUUAUAAAGUGACGCUAUAACCACAUUACUGCAGAUGUAUUUUAGCAUUCAGUUUUUAUCUUUUAUCUGUACAGCACUUUGGUCAACCCCAGUUGUUUUAAAUGUGCUUUAUA